CGGGGGCCUGUCGGCGCCCCCGCGUUCCCUUAGCAACGCGGUACCCAAGCGCUGCCCUGCAAGGCGCGAUGGAGUCACUGGUUAACUACCCCUUUGGAACAAGUCAACCGAGGAAGCUCUUUCCUCAUCACCACCCCCCAAGCUUGUUGGGGAACAAGUUUCUCCCUCUUCGAGGAGCGCCCCACAGAGGCCCUGGAUGUUACAUAGCAGAAGAUGUGUAUGGAUUGGCAUAUAACCUCUCUAAGAUCCCGACCAGUAAAAAAGGAUAUACUUUUGGUGCCAGAACAGCUGAGAGGUUUAAGACAAUCAACAAGGACGUGAUGCUUUAUCCAGGCAUGUACCAGGUUGCAAAUCCUCAGGAGCAAAUACACAAACAAAAUUUUGCACCAUUUAAUGCCUCGUUGCCUCGAUUUAGGACAUCAAAGGACUCUUCUUAUCCUGGCCCUGGCACAUAUAACCCAGAGAUGAAACCACCCCCCAAAAUCACCUGGCCAAUGAAAUUUGGAUCUCCAGACUGGGCUCAAGUUCCAUGUCUACAGAAAAGACCCCUAAAAGCUGAGCUGUCCACUGACAAGGACUUCAGAAAGCACCAGAACCGUGUGGCCUACCUAAGCCUGUUUUACAGUUGAGGAGCUGUGACUACCUUCACCCACUCCUCCUGACUACAGCUCCGGGAUUGAGGACAGAGCUGGUCUUCCGCCUGCACUGCUGUACUCUCGUCUGCCAGCAUGGAUCCCAGGGAGGGGAAGGGGCUCAUAACUACUUCCUGUGUGAGUGUGAGAACAGAAGGACUACUUCCGAGCAUUCUGUGUCCAUGUGCUGGUUUGUCAUUUACAUACAUACGUG